AUGAAAUUACCAUAUAACAGACCGUGGUUGAUGGAAUUUGCAGAUCAUCCGAAUUGUCCAUCAUCAAUUAGGAUUGGUGUACAAAACAUGUUGACUUUUCUGUGGUUGAAUAGAAUAAUACCAUUUCAAUCUCAGCCUCCAUAUAUACUGGCUUCUGAUGUACUGGAAGAUGUCAUCAAGGAUAUAGAAUACGAAGAAGAAGAAGAAGAGGACGGUGAUGGAGGCGAUAAUACAUCCCCUUUAAGGAUAAUAGAUUUUUGUUCGGGUGCUGGUGGACCUAUAGAGAAGAUUGAGCGACGAAUGAACUCAAAUCGAAUAUCUCAAUCUCUAUCACCGAUAUCAUUCUUAUUAACAGAUAUACAUCCACCUAUAUCAAUAUGGGAAAAGAAAUAUGGUCUUCCGCCAAAAUCACUGUCAACCUCAACUCCGACAUCAACACCAUCAUCAAGAAGGGAAUACUCUCCAACAUCCAAUUAUUAUCUUUCAGAUUCAGAUUCGCAACCAAGAUCGAAAUCGAUAUCAUAUAUUCCUGAUUCUGUAGAUGCCACGAAUGCCCCAAUAGGUCUGGUUGGAGGUAAAAAACAUCUCAGAACAUUUUUUCUGAGUUUUCAUCAUUUCAACGAAGAAUUGGCUAGAGGUGUUCUGGUUGAUGCAAUGAGAGGAUCAGAGGGAAUAUGUAUAUUCGAAUUGCAACAAUGCGAUAUAGGAAGUCUGAUCAUGAUAGCUAUGUUAGGGCCCUUAUCAUGCAUCCUAACACCUUUCACUCGACCUUCGCUGAUAACACUCUUUUUCACCUAUAUAAUCCCUCUUAUCCCUUUAGUGCUAGUGAUAGACGGUUGGAUCUCAGUAUAUCGCACACGACCCGUACCUCAUGUCUUACGUUUAGCGAACUUGGCUGCAUUGAGUUUACAGCUUGAGGGAGAGGAUAAAGGUGAUGAUGGGGAAUGGAAAUGGGAAUAUGGAACAAGAAAUCAUACUUGGCCUUGGGGUAAGAUGCUUUAUAUAAUAGGAAGAAAGAGGAGGAUAAAUGGUGAAGAGAAUGAGGAAACGGACAGCGAAGAUCAAUAA